GAUUCACAUAUUGAAAUAGAGAAGAAAAAAAAAAACAAGAAAAAAGGAAAUGGGUAGUGAGAUUGAGAUCCCAAUUUUGGAUUUUCGUAAAAGUAGUGGAGUGACAUUAGAAGAAGGCAGUGAAGGGUGGAAAGAAAUGAGCAAGAAAGUGAGAGAAGCAUUUGAGAGUCAUGGUUGCUUCUUCUUAAAGUGUGAUGAAAUACCAAAUGAAUUACGUGAAAAAAUGUUCACUGGUAUGAAAUCAUUGUUUGAUCUACCUGAGGAGACCAAGCAGAAGUUCUCUAACCCAGGGGCUUAUAGGGGCUAUACAGCCAAUAGUCAUGUCAUUCCCCAUUGUCAAAGCUUUGGAAUUGAUGAUGCUCUUAAGCCAGAUACGGCUCAAGGCUUCACUAACCUCAUGUGGCUCGAAGGAAAUCCAACUUUUUGUGAGACACUAAGUUCCCUGACCUCAAAAACACGUGAACUAAGCUUGCUUAUCUUGAAGAUGGUGGUGGAGGGCUUUGGCCUUCCUGAAAAAUACAUCUCAGAAGUUGAAGAGUUGAAUAACACAAAUGAUUCACGAAUGACUAGGUACCAACUUCCUGAAGACAACAAGCAUCUCGAGAUUGCUCUAGUACCUCACACCGACAAAGGCUCCCUAGCUCUUAUAUGCGACAACGAUGUCCAAGGUCUACAAGUGUUACCCAAAUCAGGCAAUUGGGUUGACAUAAGUAUUCCACCAGAUGGUUUUGUGGUAAUUGUUGGCGACAUGUUGAAGGCAUGGAGCAAUGGGAGAUUUCAGGCUGUUACACAUAGAGUGGUGACAAGGGGAGACAAAGAGAGACUUGCUUUUAUUCUUUUUGGAGUGCCAAAGGAAGAUGCAGUCAUUAAGGUGCCCUCUGAGUUGGUGGAUGACAAAGAUCACCCUCUUCAUUAUCGCCCAUUUAAGUAUGAGGAGUUCAUAGAUUAUCAUUAUUCAACUCGCACUGAAAAGGCAGUACUUGAACAAUUCGCUGGACUUUGAUAUCUUCUUAUGUGAUAAAGUCAAUAUCACCUUUUGUAACUGAUUGGACACUCAAGUUUGCAAUAAAGUUGAAUCAAUCAAAUAACAUGGAUUGCCUUCUUGCCUUCACAUAAUGCAAACCUAUUUAUGUGCAUGCUAGUUA